AUGAUCCGUCGUAACUCAGAUAUUGAAAUCCAGUUGCCCGAUGCCGGCCGUGCCGACACUUUAGAAGAACCGGACGUUGAAAUGCUGUCCGAUGAACCAUCCCCCCCAUUCAGUCUCCCCGCUCAUCUCGCCGCUCGUUUUGCUCGGAAACCCAGCGUAGUUCGUCGCUCGUCUGUGGCUUCAUCUCGACGGAGUUCCGUUUCCUCCCUACAUUCACAACACUCAAAUGUGUCCUCCCAUGGAGCGACUUCCCCUGAUCAUAUCGCGCAACAUCUACGACGAACGUCGAUCCUCGAGAGUCGGAAGGCGCGGCUUGCAGAUCGCGCGCUCCAUGCGGAAAAAGUGAGGCUACGUGCGGCCCUUGCCAAAGCGACAACUCGAAAUUUACAGAGAGAAGAAAGGGCCCUUGCUGCCCACCAGGCCCGCGAACGUUUGCUGGCGGAGAUCACCGCCAAGUGCGAGGAGGAAGUUCGCCGGGCAAAGAAGAAAGCGGAGGAUAACAGGGAAAGAAAAGCUGCCGAACACGCGCGUCUCCGGCUAGAGAUGGCGGAGAAGUUCGCGGAGGCAGAGAAAAGGCGGCUCCUCUAUCAACAGACCCAUCGCCGUCACCGCACCAGUAGCUUGCCUACCAGCGAAGAGAGGAAGAUCACCAAAGGAACAACGAGGUCUCUCACCCGCGAUGCAGCUGCACGAAAAAUCCAACGCGUGUGGAGAACAUAUCAUUCACAGGUGGUUAUGAAGGAGUUCCUGACUCUGACUCUGACCCCUGACUGCAUUCGGGAAAUGUCUUUCGAGGAAGUGGGGGUCUUGCUUUCGGAAGAGGGAGUUUUGUCCAUUACAGCUCGUAUCCUUCGACUUUGCGGGUUGCGGGACAUGGAAAGCGGCACGGUCGGUGGGAGAGGUGCUGUGCGCACGUUUCUGAGCAGCUACCUGAUCGUCACCCAUCCGACCGAAGUUUUAAGUAGCAACGGCGAGCAGGAACAGGACUUGAUUUCCAAAGCCCGGGAGCUUCUUUCGGCGUUUGAACAAGUUACUCCGCUACUCGCCUCUGGCUGCUGCUCCCCUACGACUAUCUCGACCGAGAUUCAGACUUUGUGUGAGGCAUAUAAUGUGUUCUUUUCUGCGUUCCACGCCUGGAAAACCCAUGAUUCCAGCGUUUUGAUUGAAAUAAUGUUGGCUCAGUUCAUUGAAUUGGAACUGAUUUGGCAGACCGUGAAGAAUGAUCAAGCUGGUGGUGUGGCGGAUGAUUAUCGCCAAGGUAUUCGACAGAAUCAGAUCCUGCUUCUUGCCCGGCUGAAACGGCUGGCUGGCUCGGAUCGAGCCAUGCAGAUGGUGCGUACUGCCUUGAAGAAGGCCAAGCGGGGGAAGAAGCGAACCGCUUCCAAACAGGCCAUCCCACGUUCGGCGGCGGAAGUUGCGCCGUCGUCGACUACUGAAGCGCUUACAGAAAGCGUUGCCUCACCGAUUAGUGAGAGCUUCAAUAUUGUGGACAGCACCGUUUUGCAAGAACUCGAGAAGCAGCGCAUCUCCCCGCAUGAACGAUUCACCCAGAUCCUUACUGCCCUGCCCGAGAAUCGUGCUUUAGUCCAUGAACUCCUCAUCAACAAGGAGUUUAAGAUUGAGGAGAAAUCAUACACGGAGCCACGCAAGCAGAUCAUGGAGCAUAUGUGCGCUAUGAUGCGUCGCGAUGUGGAGGCUGGUUUGGGUACGAAUUGGAUCGUGGCCAUGGCUACGGUGAUUCAAGAUCGAUUACUUCGCUCUCUGCGGCCGGGUAACUCUCUUCAUGUGCUGAUUAGUGAAGUCCUUGAUCCAAAGCUGGUUGAGAGCCAGUGCAAGGCUGGCGCGUUCUCCUAUGACAGCUUUUUCAAUUUUAUGAAUACUCUUUUACCGAAGCUCUGUGCCCCUUAUCGCGAUCCUGUGGUUAAAGCAUUUGCUGAAGGCACAUCAUCGGGGGAUGCCAUUGACCGCCUGGCGAGACUUAUGGGUAUUAUUGACCUACUCUCGCUUGAUCAUACAAACUUUAUGAUCCAGGUUGCUGCGCCUCAACUCAUCCAAGAAGCUCCUGGAUAUGAACAGAGAACGUUUGAGAAAGGCCUUCAGGAUGGCUCCUUGAAUUUAGGAAAGAGCCGGCGUUUUUGGAGGACAAAUCGGAAAAUCAUUGCCGACGAGAUGCGAAAGCGCGACCCGGAGAAUGUCCACGGAGAGCCUCGACCUCCUGCUUCAAAGGUGUAUGCCCAUGGCCUGGUGGACCUCGUGCUCAGCAACGCGCCUGUCUUUGACGACCUAGUUCCUGAGACUCUGGAAUUGGAUCGCGAACGACUGGGCAGACUCCAUGCGCAGGUUUUUAAGAUUGUAGCCACCGCUUCAAUUCUGCUGACGGCUAAGAACCUGCUGAAGCGCGAUGCGCGGGCACAAUGGAAAGCGGAAGCGGAUCGAAUUAUGGCUUUGGAUUUCAACGACGUUCAACCUGACCGAAUUCAGUUGAUUCUGGAGUCUACGCAUCCAAUGCCCUCGAGCGCUAGGGCUCAACUUGCAGCAACUAUCCGUCGGUUGCUGCCUCAAGUUGCUGCCGCUUGUUCCGUUGCGAGCCCCACGACCCCCUCAGCAUCGGUUGAAGUCCAGACGGAUCUGUCUGCCCAGGAGCUAUCAUCUUCGGCAGACUCAGUGAGCUCCGGAACAACUUCUGGUACGAGUGGGAGCGGUGCAACCAGCUUCACUGACCCAGUAGCACGCCUCAUUCUCUCCCGUCUCCGCGCGCAUGUACUCUCCCGCCUGAAUGCGUCGAGCGCCAGCGAGAGGGUGCGGGCUACGACGACCGCCAGUCAAAGCCUGGCAGGUGCGGGAAUGCCCGAGUUUGUCAGUCAAGUUGGUCAAUUGACGGAAGAAUUGGACAAAGUCCGGGAAGUAGAUUGGUUAUGUCACGGUAUGGUCUAUGAACAGAUCCUGAGAGACAGCAGUCCUCUGAGUCCGACGGCGUGA